ACCAGCAUAAAGAAUCAAAUCGUAUUGGAGAGAGGGCGGUGCGUGAAUCCUCCUCUGAAACCUGCGCCUUCCCACAACCAGAGGCGUAAAGGGUCGCCAUCUUGAAUUACCGUGAGCCAGUCCUGCCGCUUUAUCGCCGAAUAUCUGAGCCAUCACGUGUAAAAACUCGAGACGGGGGACUUUUGUUUACGUUUUAUCAUUUUCCACUCCCCCCUUGCGAGAUGGGAAACCGCGACGACGAGUACGAUUAUUUAUUCAAAGUGGUACUAAUUGGUGACUCUGGUGUGGGCAAGAGUAACCUCCUCUCAAGAUUCACCAGGAAUGAGUUUAAUCUUGAGUCUAAAUCCACGAUCGGUGUUGAAUUUGCCACUCGCAGCAUAGAGGUUGAUGGGAAGACAAUUAAGGCACAGAUUUGGGACACAGCUGGGCAGGAGCGUUACCGAGCCAUUACCUCGGCUUACUACAGGGGUGCAGUGGGAGCCCUCUUAGUGUAUGACAUUGCCAAGCUUCUCACCUACAACAAUGUUGAGCGCUGGCUGAAGGAACUGAGAGACCAUGCUGACCAGAACAUAGUCAUUAUGCUUGUUGGUAACAAGUCGGAUCUGCGCCACCUGCGGUCAGUGCCCACCGAGGAGGCCAAGGCAUUCGCUGAGAAGGAGGGCCUGUCCUUCAUCGAAACCUCUGCGUUAGACUCCACCAAUGUUGAGACUGCCUUCCACAACAUCCUCACAGAAAUCUACCGCAUAGUGUCAAGGCAGCAGCUCCCUGACAGCGGCACGUGCGAGCCUCCUGGUGGGAAAACGAUCACUGUUGAACCUACAGAGGAUACUAAUAGAUCUACUAACAACUGCUGUGCCCGUUAGUCCCACCAACACCCCCUCCCCCCACCACCACCACCACCACCACCACAACCAGUCCCCCUCUUCACCUACACCCUGCCAUCCUUGUCCUAACCACCACUACCUGAUGUCCCAGUAAUUCUUUUUGUCUCUCUCUCUCUCUCUCUCUCUCGCUCUCGCUCUUGCUCUUGCUCUUGUUCUCGCUCUUGCUUUCUCUCUCUCUCUUGCUAUUGCCACUGGUGUGUGUGUGUGUGUGUGUGUGUGUGUGUGUGUGUGUGGUGGUUGUGCUGUGACAGGGUUCUGGAGAGGGGCAGCUGGUCACACACACACACACACACACACACACACACACACACACACACACACACACACACACACACACACACACACACACACACACACACUGGGCAUUGAGGUUACUCUGCUGAGGAUGUUGGGAAAUAUAAUUAUACAUAUAUAUAUAAUAUUGUUUGCUCACUUAUGAUGCAAUCUCUGUUUAUUCCUCUUCCUUCCUUCCUUCCUUUCCUUCCUUCCUUCAUUCAUUCCCUCCUUCCUUCCCAUCACCACCACCACCACCUCCUCCGAGAGAGAAGACCAGCCACCCUUACCUUUCCUUGAGGAUUGUGAUAACACUGUCCAUAUUCACAGUAUGUAUAAUCAGUGUUAGGGACGCCAGUGUUGAGAUUAGGGUUAAGGCAACAGCCGCCACACACACACAGGUAGUGAGUGGGACAGGGACAUGUUUGGCUCAGUUUUGUUGAAGCUGCAAAUUGUUUAUAUUAUUAGCUUAAAAGUUAUUAAAGAAGAAAAAAAAAUAUGAAAAAAAUGAAAUGUGGAUUGCUACACUAUAUUACUAGUAUUGUUUGGUGAUUUUUGUUUAUUUCUCUUUUUUUUUUGGUUUCUUUGUUUAUUUUUUGUCAAGACGUUUGAGUCAGAAUUGGACCAAAGUGUGAUUAGAGGCAAAUUUUUGUGCAAGGUGUUGCUCCCAAAGGUUAGAUGUAAAUGUGGUCAAAGUCUAAGAAGCACUGUCACUGUCACCCUGUUCUGUAUCAUUCUUCACUGUACAGAGAGCUUCUUGCUUCAUAUCAAGCUAUUUUGUAUCAGCAGAAACAAUUAUCCCUUUGUCUCAGUCCAAUGUGCUGCUGCUGCUGCUGCUGCAGAGGUAGGCUAGCGCAUCGUUGGUGGGGCCGCUGCCGCCGCCGCUGCAGCCCACCAGGCAUAUCAGGAGUGUGUGGCGCGGCUCACCAACUGGGUGGAACAGUGUGUCAGGGCUGCCUUAGUGCCCUGAGGGUGACGCCCUGUGUUGGUGACUGCCACCUGUGUCACAACAGACCACCAGAUGUCACCACCACUGCUGCCACUCAUUUGUUUCACCAGUCAGUCAGUCAGUCAGUCAGCCAGCCAACCAGUUAGUCAGUCAGUCAGUCAGUCAGUUGUUUCCCUGCUGGUCCGGGAGCGUCUCGUCUUGACCCCCAUGCUGCCGCCGCCGCUGCCGCCACCAAGACCAGGCAUGCCCAGUGAAAAGUUGUUGUUAUCUUGGGGUUCUGUAAUAAUAAUAAUAUUAAUAAUAAUAUUGAUGAUAAUAAUAAUGAUCAUAAUGUUUGCCAAAUAUUUAGUUACCCUUUCCCUUCACUCUUAUGUCCAUCCAUGUCCAGCCUGGCACUGAGCUUCACUCUCAGAGGCAAGGGUGCAAUGCAGGCUGUGGCCACUGACAGACCCACCGCCACCACCACCACCACAAACACCACCACCACACCAUCACCCUCCCAUUAGGCAGUGUAGAGACAUACAGACAGACAGAGGGGCAAAGCAAUCUAUGAAGGACAAUUGAUAGUGAAUUACACACACACACACACACACACACACACACACACACACACACACAGCAAUAUUGUUCAUGUUUUGGACAGAAUCACAUUCCAAAUAUUCAGACACAGUGAAAAGUUUACACAACAAGAGUUACCUUGGCUUGCCCUCCUUUGUGACACUGCUGCACCUUGAAACCUUCACUGACACCUACUGAAUAUAACCUUUCUUGAUUUGUAAAGACAUGCAAGCCAACUCUUGUGUGUGUGUGUAGCUGUGUUGGCAUCUCGAGCACUUGUUGCACUCAAAACUAAGAAUUGCUGUUAUUUUAAAAUUGGGAUAACUUAUUUUGUGCAUCUCUAGUACAUGUUGGCUCUGUUAAAACUAGAGAUGUUACUAUGAAUCAGUGAGAUAUCUUUGCAUGUCCAUUAAAGCACUCAAAACUAAGGAUUCUGUUAAUAUAAAUUGGCAUAACUUAUUUUUCCCAUCUCUAGUACAUGUUGGCUCUGUUAAAACUAGAGAUGUUAAUAUAAAUUGGUGGGAUAUCCUUUUGCAUGUCCAUUAAAGCACUGUUUGGGGUGUGUUUCAUAUCUAAACUGGGAGCAUUAUUGGAUUUUGGAGUGACUGGGUGACUGGUGCUUGUGUGUUAUCAAAGAAGUGUGAUUACCAUGCUACACAAACACUGGGAGGAUGAGAGAAAGUUUGGGUCAAGGUUACAAGAAGGGAGGUGAUGUGUUGCCUUUAGAAAUGAACCCAGAGUACCUUGAGUCAUUUAUAAAUUGAUGUUUUUACACACACACACACACACACACACACACACACACACACACACACACACACACACACACACACACACCUCUCCAGUGAAAUUUGUCAAUCAUGUUUUGUGUUUUUAGAGCUGAUUUAAAUGCCUGUCACUGCUUUCCUGUCCUGGCUAGUGUAAAUUAACAAACAUUUCUUGUAAGGUAUCAACAAGUCAACCUGUGCAGUUCCUCACCUUAGAGUUAUCAAUGCAGUCAGUCGGUCAAUCGUUCAGUCAGUCAGUCAGUCAAAAUUAAAACUAUACCCUUCUAAAACACAAUAUCUUAAUUCCUGUAUUCCAGUUCAUGUGACAGAUUUAUACUGUAUCAUUGCAUCCAUCAACUACCAACACCCUUUAUCUUCCUUGGUUAGUCAGUCAGAAUUACAACCAUAUCCUUGAAAACAAUAUCUUCAACUGUUCCUCUAAUUCUUGCUCAUGUGACAAGUACCGUAUCAUUUCAUCCAUUUAGCACCAACUCUCCCUUCUCCUUCCUAAGUCAAUCAGUCAGAAUUUUAAAUCUAAGCUGCUAAAUACAAAAUCUUAAGCAGUUCCUCUAUUCCAGCUUAUGACAAAUACUAUAGUUUCGUCCAUUAAACACCAACUUACCUUCUCUCAAAGUCAGUCAGAAUUAAAACCAAGCUUCUAAAUACAAAAUCUUAAACAAUUCCUCUAUUCCAGCUUAGUGACAAGUACUUUAUCAUUUCACCAAGCACCACCUCCCUUCUCAAUCUGUCUCUCAAGCAUUAAACCUUGUGAUUCAGUACCCAAUGAGUUGACAGGUGACAGGGAUGGCUAACCUUGUAGGGCACUAAAGAUUGGACCAUGUUGCUGAUAGAGACUAAGGGCAUUGUCUCGGAAAGUCACUGUGUUUUGUCUAAUUUGAGGGGUGCUUUGUGAGAGAGAGUGAGAGAGAAAGAUGUGUUAUAUACUAGUAUGCCUCUUCAUGAGUUGUAUCACUUUGUAGUAUGUUUUAUAUGGGUUAUCAUAAUCAUUUUGAAUUAGAAUUGUGUACAAGUGCUAAAAAUUCCUGUGGUGAUUUGAGAAUAAGAGACACAAACACACAUACACACAGAUAUGCUAACACACACACACACACAUGACUGCGAAAUUAGCAAGACUUUCUCUACCAUGUCAUAUUAUUAGCACAGGUUGUAAACAAGAGAGAAACUGGAACAUUUACUUUGGUUACUGUGAGAAUUGUUUACUAAGUGAUAUUGUGAUCAGAGAGAGAGAAAGAGAGAGAGAGAGAGAGGGACAUGGUAGAGACUGAGGCCCAUAUUAAAAAAUGCUUUGCUCUCUCACCACGACUAUUUUCCAAGGCCACAGAAAUGACUAGCAGGGUUUUCAAGAGUGUUUCUACAGUUAAUAGUGUAGAAAUCAUGCCAAUCUGCCUCUAGAAACGUAAAAAUACUUUAAAAAACUCGUGUAAACUUAAAUAGAGCCUUUUGAAAUAGUGGAGGUGAAGCGCAGAAAUGUUUGAGAGUACCAGCCUGAGUGCCCCAGUGUUACCAGCCAAGGGGGCAGUGUUUCAGUUAGAACCUUCUUGCCUUGGUUAGCUAAUGUCGCUCUCUGGAAAGUUAUAUCAUCAUUGCCCUGUGAUUUCAGCAAGUCAUGUGUAGCUCAGUUUUUUCCACGCUUGCAUAGGAAAUUUUGUAAAGCAGUGUAAAGAUGCACAUUAUUUGCAAUAAAAUAAUGCUAAAUGAUUACAAACUUUA